GAUCACCGCUGGACAGUUCACGCACAUCGCAAAUCCCUCCUGCACUCCACAGAGCCACGAGCACAGGGAGAACACACGCGAUCUGGAUUCUAAACCGAGAAAGAAGAUGGCAUACUUUUAGUGUUCACGUGAUUUUUGGUCAGGAUAAGUUGACAACUUUCUCUAAAUGCUGCGAUGUGCAGAAAGUGACUGUGGACAUCUUCGCUCAUACUGCCUAUAAGUUAUAAAACGCCAUGAAAGACGACUUUGCAGACGAGGAGGAAGUUCAAUCUUUUGGAUACAAGAGAUUCGGGAUCCAGGAGGGCUCCCAGUGCACAAAGUGUAAGAAUGAAUGGGCACUGAAGACCUCCAUAGCCCUGCUGUACGUGCUGUGUAUACUCCUCACCAUUGCUGUGGCUGUACUUGGAUAUAAAGUGGUUCAAAAAGUGGACAGUGUGUCUGAGGGCAUUGAAAACUAUGAAGGAAAGAUUAUUGCUGUGGAGACUGACCUAAAGAAGUUGGAUGAUCAGACAGGGGAGAAGUCUGAAAACACCUCCACUGAGAUCCAGGCCUUUAGGAACAGCAUCUGGAGUCUGCAGAGGCAGCUGUCGGUGGUACAGCAGCACGUGCACAGUGACCAGGCUCAGUUGAGUGAGCUGCAGAGCAUUAGCGAGCACCUGCACAGCAGCCAGGGCUCCCUGCAGAGCUCUGUGGACAGCAACAGUGCCAGUGUGCGCUGGGUCAAUGGCAGUCUGCAGACAUACAGCAGCCUGAUGGAGGGACUGCAGGACCACACGGCCAGGCUGCAGACAGAGUUACAGCUGCACAGUAGGCUCCAGAGUGAGGCUGUGCUGAGCAUAGGCUCUCUCAACAUCAGUCAGGCCCAACAGAGAGCUCUCAUCACGGCUCUGCAGCGAUCUGUGGAUGACACGAGCCAAGCCAUUCACAGAAUGCGCAGUGACUUCCAGACACUGGAGCAGAUGACACGACAGACCCGCUCUGAUGCUGAGUGGCUCCGUAGCAAAGUGGAAAACAUGCAGGUGGUGGCCACUAAUGCAUCGAGUCAGGCCAAAGCCAACCAGGACGGCCUGGAGGAGUUAGGCUCUCAGCUCUCUUAUAUGAGCACUCUUCUGCAGAACACCAGCACCAAGGCUGAGGCCCAAGACCAGGCUCUGAGGGAACUCCAGGACCAGCACACAGACUUUGGGAACUUCACCUCUCAGAAGUUUGAGCAACUGGAGACCAGGUUGGACCAGUCCGAGCAGAGUAUGGACCGAGUUACUGGGAACAUCAGCUUCACCACACAGCUCCUGGGCUCCAUUAACCUCAACCUGAAUCAGUUGCGGACGUGUUCUGAGACUGUGAGCCAACACACAGACUUGCUCCUCAACCUCAACAACAGUGUGGCUGACGUGAGGAUGGACAGCGCCGCCCUGAGGUCACAGCAGGAAGAGCUGGUAGCACGUUUAGACAAGGAGGUCACCAGCUUGUCUAUUGUCAUGGAGGAGAUGAAACUGGUGGACACCAAGCACUCACAGCUCAUCACCAACUUUACCAUCUUACAGGGUCCCCCUGGCCCCAGAGGAUCAAGAGGGGAGAAGGGGGCCACAGGACCGGCCGGUCAACCUGGACAGAAAGGCGAAAGAGGUGAAAAGGGUCUUGCUGGAGUACGAGGCCCCAGAGGAGAGCAGGGUAUUCCAGGUCCUCCAGGUCUACCAGGGCCAAAGGGACCUCCAGGUGUUCCAGGCAGCCCAGGAUCUAAAGGAACUCGGGGCUCUGGGGGCAGAGCAGGUCCCCCUGGCUCAAAAGGAGAGCCAGGAUCUGCUGGUCUGCCUGGGAGAGACGGUCUACCUGGUCCUCAGGGCGAUCGAGGGCCACCAGGCCUCAGCGGGGCCACAGGACCCCCUGGGGAGCAGGGCCUUAGGGGCUUACCUGGACCUGUUGGGCCUCCAGGACCAGUGGGACCACCUGGACCUCCUGGACUUCCAUUUAGGGGUCCAGUUUUAUCUGCAGGCCCAGUAUCACAGCAUGACGAGGCUGUGCCUCCUUCAUUGUCUGCUCCAGGAUGUCAAAAUGAGUGGGUGAACCACAAGAGCAAGUGUUAUUUCUUUUCCAAAGAUCUGCACACCUUUGAUGAGGCAAAGACGAGCUGUGAAUUAAAAUCUGCUUCACUAUUAAUCAUUCGUGACACAGAGGAGCAGAAAUGGCUCAAGAAUCAAAUAUAUGGAAAAGGUUACUUCUGGAUGGGCCUUACCGAUAGAGGAGAGGAGAGUGUCUGGCAGUGGCUGGAUGGGACCAAGCCAUCAUUCACGUCAUGGAAGCCUGGGCAGCCUGACAACUGGGGUCAUGGACAUGAAACGGGUGAAGACUGUGCUGGCCUCAUACAUGAUGCACUGUGGAAUGAUUUCUUCUGUGAAGAUCUCAUAAGCUACAUUUGUGAGAGAGAAAUGGAAGCCUCCAUCUCCACAGCAAAUUCCACUGGAAGAUAACAGAGUACUGAAGUGCUGCUGCUCAGAAGCAGCUGAACCUCCCACAUGUGGUACUGGACCACUGGCACAGUGCAGGGACAGUCCGUAUGGAGCGAGAAGAGGAACAAACUUAAUAAAGGCCCUUUUGCUGUAGCAGCAAAUGUCUCUCUAAGAGUAAUGCCUUUAUUCUCCAUGGUGCAAGUCCAACUGCCUGCGCAAUACCAGAUGCUCAACAAAGGAAAGAUGAAAGCAUUAGUAUUUUCUAAUAACAAGACCGCUGAUUUAUAAAGUCUGUAUACAUUGUGUAGAGCUGUAUUUUGUUGACCUAAUAUUUGAAUGCAUAUUUUUUUAUUGCACGGAGAUUUGACAUUUCAUGAAGCACAUCAAACUCAUUUCUGUGUAUUAUAUUUGAAUGCAUUAACACAAGGUGCUAAAUGAUGUAAAAGGUGUUACAGCUAUGCAGUCAUAGAACAAACCUGGAAUCUCAACAUUCCAAAUAUUUGGGUGGUUACAGUUUGACAUACUGUAUACAUGUCAUUUCAUUUGUUUCUGACCAAAAGACUCCAGUCCUACCUGGGUCAACAUGUUGGACAAAAAUACUCCUAAGGUAAUAUCAAGAAACUAUCCAAAAUAAACACUAAACCUGACUAAACCAAAACUGUUAUAUCA